GCUUCAUGAUAUCAAAAGAAGGAUGUAUCACUUAUUUUUUUGAGUCUUCUGGUCCUAUGCAGCAGCCUGUACACUAAAGAGAACUAUAUACUCUGUUGCUGGAAUUUUUCAUUUUUCAGGGAAGGAGAAAAGGGUUGGGAAACGUAUAAUUUUUCUCCCUCUUACCCAGUGGUAACAUUGAGAAGAUACCUUGUCCCAUUUUUAUUACUUCUGAGAUUUUAUUGCUGGCAGCCAGAUGUGCUGAAACUCCUGACGACAGCAUCUAUUCAUUGCGUGUUUUUAAUAGGCUUAGAGAAAUAUGAGUAGAGUACAUGAAAGCAGCUCAGCUUCACACUUCAGCUGGGAAUGCCCAAAAAGCUUGCUGCUGUUUAGAAUUCUUGCUACAGUCAGGAGAAAGCCGAAAGCCGCACGGGUACUGAAUCUUCUACGACUGAAUUAGAAGAAUAAUGACUGUACAAUUAACUAUCAACCUCUGCUUGUUUAAGCACAGUUUUUACAGAGCUCAGGAGAAAUAUGGAACUUGAUUGGCAUGUUUUUAUUUGAUGGUGCCUGCAAAUAGAUGACUUUAAAGACAGGUGGUAAGGAAAAAUAAGAGAGGAAAAAAAAAAAAAAGAAAGAAAAUGCAAUUUGAGACAUUGCGCCAGGUCUGCAAUUCUGUUUUAUCUCAUUUUCAUGGGGUUUUUUCAUCCCCACCAAAUAUUUUACAAAAUGAGCUUUUUGGACAAACGCUGAACAAUGUAAGGAAAAGAAGUCCAUCGGUGUCCAGAGAUCAGAACAGAAGAUACGACCAAAGGGAAGAAAGAGAGGAGUAUCCGCAGUAUGCUACUCCGGACAGCACAAUGCCUAGAUCUCCAUCAGAUUAUGCUGAUAGGAGGUCUCAACGUGAACCUCAGUUUUAUGAAGAGCCUGAUCAUAUAAAUUACAGGGACUCCAACAGGAGAAGUCAUCGGCAUUCCAAAGAAUAUGUUGUAGAUGAUGAGGAUGUGGAGAGCAGGGAUGAAUAUGAGAGACAAAGGAGAGAGGAGGAAUACCAGGCACGCUACCGAAGUGACCCGAAUUUGGCCCGUUAUCCAGUAAAGCCACAGCCCUAUGAAGAACAAAUGCGUAUUCAUGCUGAAGUGUCACGAGCCAGGCAUGAGAGAAGGCACAGUGAUGUCUCUUUGGCAAAUGCUGAACUGGAAGACUCCAGGAUUUCUAUGCUAAGGAUGGAACGACCAUCAAGGCAAAGAUCUAUAUCUGAACGUAGAGCUGCCAUGGAAAGUCAGCGCUCUUAUUCAAUGGAAAGAACUCGAGAGGCUCAGGGACCAAGUUCUUAUCCACAAAGGACCACAAACCAUAGUCCUCCUACCCCCCGGAGGAGUCCAAUACCCAUUGAUAGACCAGACAUGAGACGUACUGACUCACUAAGGAAACAACACCACUUAGAUCCUAGCUCUGCUGUAAGGAAAACAAAACGGGAAAAAAUGGAAACAAUGUUAAGGAAUGAUUCUCUCAGUUCUGACCAGUCAGAGUCAGUGAGACCUCCACCACCAAAGCCUCAUAAAUCAAAGAAAGGAGGUAAAAUGCGCCAGGUUUCAUUGAGCAGUUCAGAGGAGGAAUUAGCUUCAACACCUGAAUAUACAAGUUGCGAUGAUGUUGAGAUUGAAAGUGAGAGUGUAAGUGAAAAAGGGGACAGUCAAAAGGGAAAAAGAAAAACUAGUGAGCAGGCAGUUUUGUCGGACUCUAACACCAGGUCUGAGAGACAAAAGAAAAUGAUGUACUUUGGUGGCCACUCUUUGGAAGAGGACUUGGAAUGGUCUGAGCCUCAGAUUAAGGACUCUGGGGUAGAUACCUGUAGUAGCACAACCCUUAACGAGGAGCAUAGCCAUAGUGAUAAGCACCCUGUGACGUGGCAGCCGUCUAAAGAUGGAGAUCGUUUAAUUGGUCGCAUUUUAUUAAAUAAGCGUUUAAAAGAUGGAAGUGUACCUCGAGAUUCAGGAGCAAUGCUUGGCUUGAAGGUUGUAGGAGGAAAGAUGACUGAAUCAGGUCGGCUCUGUGCAUUUAUUACCAAAGUUAAAAAAGGAAGUUUAGCUGAUACUGUAGGACAUCUUAGACCAGGUGACGAAGUAUUAGAAUGGAAUGGAAGACUAUUGCAAGGAGCCACAUUUGAAGAAGUAUAUAACAUCAUUCUGGAAUCCAAACCUGAACCACAAGUGGAACUUGUUGUUUCAAGGCCUAUUGGAGAUAUACCUAGAAUACCUGACAGCACACAUGCACAACUGGAGUCCAGUUCUAGCUCAUUUGAAUCUCAAAAAAUGGAUCGUCCUUCUAUUUCCGUUACCUCUCCCAUGAGUCCUGGCAUGCUGAGGGAUGUUCCACAGUUCUUAUCUGGACAACUUUCAAUAAAACUAUGGUUUGACAAGGUUGGUCACCAAUUAAUAGUUACAAUUUUGGGAGCAAAGGAUCUCCCUUCCAGGGAAGAUGGGAGGCCAAGGAAUCCUUAUGUUAAAAUUUACUUUCUUCCAGACAGAAGUGAUAAAAACAAGAGAAGAACUAAAACAGUAAAGAAAACAUUGGAACCCAAAUGGAACCAAACAUUCAUUUACUCUCCAGUCCACCGAAGGGAAUUUCGAGAGCGAAUGCUGGAGAUUACCCUCUGGGAUCAAGCUCGAGUUCGCGAGGAAGAGAGUGAAUUCUUAGGAGAGAUUUUAAUUGAAUUAGAAACAGCACUGUUAGAUGAUGAGCCACAUUGGUACAAACUUCAGACCCAUGAUGUUUCUUCAUUGCCACUCCCCCACCCUUCUCCAUACAUGUCACGACGACAGCUCCACGGAGAGAGCCCGACACGGAGGUUGCAAAAUAAAGGCUUAUGUUCAUAUAAUUCAGGGUCAAAGAGAAUAAGUGAUAGUGAAGUCUCUGACUAUGACUGUGAUGAUGGAAUUGGUGUUGUAUCAGAUUAUCGACACAAUGGCCGAGAUCUUCAAAGCUCGACAUUGUCAGUGCCAGAACAAGUAAUGUCAUCAAACCAUUGUUCACCAUCAGGGUCUCCUCACCGAGUAGAUGUUAUAGGAAGGACUAGGUCAUGGUCACCCAGUGUCCCUCCCCCACAAAGUCGGAAUGUGGAACAGGGACUUCGAGGGACACGCUCUACUAUGGGACAUUAUAAUACAAUCAGCCGAAUGGAUAGACAUCGUGUCAUGGACGACCAUUAUUCUCCAGAUAGAGACAGUCAUUUUCUUACUCUACCUCGCUCCAGAUAUAAUCAGACCAUUGAACAUCAUCACAGGGACGGCAGGGAUUGUGAAGCAGCAGAUAGACAGCCAUAUCACAGAUCCAGAUCAACAGAACAGCGGCCUCUCCUAGAGCGGACCACCACCCGCUCCAGAUCCACUGAACGUCCUGAUACAAACCUCAUGAGGUCGAUGCCUUCAUUAAUGACUGGAAGAUCUGCCCCUCCUUCACCUGCCUUAUCGAGGUCUCAUCCUCGUACUGGGUCUGUCCAAACAAGCCCAUCAAGUACUCCAGUGGCAGGACGAAGGGGCCGACAACUCCCACAACUUCCACCAAAGGGAACACUGGAGAGAAACAAUGGAGUCAAGGAGAUAGAACCUUACGAAGAAGAAGUGGACACCACAAGGAGAAGACAUGCAGGUGCUAUGGAUAUAGAGGAGAGAAAUCGCCAAAUGAAAAUUAACAAAUACAAACAGGUAGCCGGAUCAGAUCCCAGACUGGAACAAGAUUACCAUUCAAAGUAUCGAUCAGGAUGGGAUCCUCAUAGAGGGGCAGAUAAUAUUUCCACUAAAUCUUCGGACAGUGAUGUAAGUGAUAUAUCUGCGGUUUCAAGGACUAGUAGUGCUUCUCGUUUCAGCAGCACAAGCUACAUGUCUGUCCAAUCAGAACGGCCAAGAGGAAACAAGAAGAUCAGUGUCUUUACAACCAAAAUGCAAAGCAGACAAAUGGGCAUCUCAGGGAAGAACAUGACUAAGAGCACCAGCAUCAGCGGAGACAUGUGCUCGCUGGAGAAGAACGAUGGCAGCCAGUCUGACACUGCGGUGGGCGCCCUGGGCACCGGCGGCAAAAAGCGGCGCUCUAGCAUUGGGGCCAAAAUGGUAGCUAUUGUUGGUCUCUCCCGGAAAAGCCGCAGUGCUUCUCAGCUCAGCCAGACGGAAGCCGGAGGUAAGAAGCUACGGAGCACUGUCCAGAGAAGUACAGAGACAGGCUUGGCUGUGGAGAUGAGGAACUGGAUGACCCGGCAGGCAAGCCGAGAAUCGACAGAUGGCAGCAUGAACAGCUACAGCUCAGAAGGAAAUCUGAUUUUUCCUGGUGUCCGCUUGGCCUCUGAUAGCCAAUUCAGCGACUUUCUGGAUGGCCUUGGCCCAGCCCAGCUAGUGGGGCGCCAGACUCUGGCCACACCUGCAAUGGGCGACAUUCAGGUAGGAAUGAUGGACAAAAAGGGACAGUUGGAGGUGGAAAUCAUUCGGGCCCGUGGCCUUGUUGUAAAACCAGGUUCCAAGACACUGCCAGCACCCUAUGUAAAGGUGUAUCUAUUAGAUAAUGGAGUCUGCAUCGCCAAAAAGAAAACAAAAGUGGCAAGAAAGACGCUGGAACCCCUUUACCAGCAGCUGUUAUCUUUUGAAGAAAGUCCCCAAGGAAAGGUUUUACAGAUCAUUGUCUGGGGAGAUUAUGGCCGCAUGGAUCACAAAUCUUUCAUGGGAGUGGCCCAGAUACUUUUAGAUGAACUGGAGCUAUCCAAUAUGGUGAUUGGGUGGUUCAAACUUUUCCCUCCUUCCUCCCUAGUAGAUCCAACCUUGGCCCCUCUGACAAGAAGAGCCUCCCAAUCCUCUCUGGAAAGUUCAACUGGACCUUCUUACUCUCGUUCAUAGCAGCUGUAAGACUGUUGUCAUAGCAACCAGCGUUACAAAAAAAAAAUCACAGGUCGCAAACCCUGGUAACACUGCAUGCUUAAUGUUGUGUCUUCUGAGCCUGUUUCUAGGGAUACAAAGCGAUCCUGUGUUCUCAGAGGAAGUCGCACACAUUGUGCCCUAAAGAAUGCCCUCAGGUGAAAGAGCAGAGCUGUGACGAACUAUCAGGUUUGGAGUUCAGGAACACUUGAGUUUUGUCCAAUCUGAAGCCAUGGAUUAAUCUCAAAGAAUCAGUCAGUUUCAUGCAGCAAAAGCCCUUUUCAAUGGCACCUUUAUAUUUUUAUCGUUCCUUUUUUCAUUUCUCUGACCCCAAAGCCCUGUGAUGCCACAGAAAUGGAGCUAUCCAGCCAUUAAGCCAUCUUACAAGUCAAGGAGUGAAGUCCUCAGAAGCGUCAGGUGAAAAGCAAGAGACCAAAGAUGUGGUCCAGGACAAAACAUCAGCCCUCCUCUGGACGGGGGACAGGAGCAGCCAGUCCAACGUGACGACGUAGACGGUGGCAGACUUCGGAGCUCCAGCAGGCAUAUCACUCCCUCAUGCAAAGAUGUGUUGGACUCUG